AAAUAAACACACUGGUCACAAAAUAUAAGCAAUACCGCCAUAUUGAUAAGGGCACCAAAUGCGGAAGUGUUCAUAAAACAAUGUUAUCGGUUUGAUUUGUGUUUAUUUAUUUUAAAAUUCAAAGUUAAAACAGCUGUAUAGCUUCUUCGUCGAAUAGGCACUAAACAACGAACUCGAGGAUCUUUAAAAACAAUGUUGUAAUAAAUUUAGCUGUGUUUAAUUCGCGAGUAAAUUAACAAACAAAAGUUGUCAAAACUUGGUCGUCCUCGUAUUCAUCAACCAUGCCUAGGAUGGGACGACUAUUCCUGGUGUUGUUCGUCAGCUGUUGUGCCGUGUAUUUGGUGAGUUCGACGCCCUACGAGUGGAUGAAACGGGACAGGUGGGAUGAGAUCAACGACAUGUUCUCCAACGUCUCGGCCCAGAACUGCCGAUCCAAAGACAAGGAGCAGCUCAUGUUGCCCAUCGACACCAUAGCCGCUGUGCCAAAGUACAAUCAGUUGCUGAGUUCCAAGACUUACUCCAACAGAACCACCCUGCUUCAUGUCCACAACAUGGCGUUGAACAGGGCCUUCUUCUACUCCCUGAUCUACCAGAGGAUGAACAACACCUGGGACUUCUCUACCCAGCCUGGCCUGAUGUACAUAUACAUGUCCGCUGCCGCAGACAUCUCGGCUAGCGCUGGAUUUAUCAACGGUUCCGGGUUGUUCUUUGACAAUAAUUGUUCUUACCCCAAUUGGUACACGACUCUAGAGUUCAACAGAACACUCAACCUGUUUGGGCCCAAAGCCUGGAGGGAGGACGACUACAACGAACCUACAAACUACCUGAGAGAACCCACCAACAGCACCAUCGACAUCUGGGACUUGGCUGCCGGCAACGCCCGCAACUACACCGACAAGAGGUACAAAGGCAACCCCUGGGUAGAUUUCUGGCUUCCCGACCUGAAGGCAGAUACAGACUCGACCAGGAAGUUCACCUAUUCCGUGGCUAUCAAGUACUCCAACACUACGGGGAAAUUCACAACCGAUGCUUUUGAAGAGUUCAAGUUCUUUGGUCCCCAGCAACCUGGUAGUGAGAGCAAGGACGAGAUGUUGCCUGUGAGGAUUACGCGGCCUUACUUUGAUUGUGGUCAGUCUAACCGCUGGAUCGUGACGGCCUCGAGUCCUGUGGUUGAGUUCAUGCCCAGAUAUUCGAAUUUCACCCACUUGAGGAGACCAAGGUGA